GCUUGAGCCGAAUCCCCGGGCGAGUCACUGCAGCAGCUCAUUUCGUCAUCGACGCUCGUUGCUGCCUGCUCGGUCCGGUCGCCAGGCUUAGAAGCACAUGUUGCUGCGACACAGCGCGCCCGGGCGCGGCAAUGCGGCCGAUCGGCACCGGUGCACGCGACUGCCGACACCACCCCAUGCCGGCACUGUAGCCGCCGGCACGGGCGCAAGCGCAGCCCGCCGCAGCCGCGGCGCGCUUCGAGUGCUUGCAUUUCGCGAGCAGGAGACACGUCAACAGGACAAAAAUGAUGAUCAGAGCAAGACGCAUGUUAAGGAGAAGGCCGGCUCGGCGGCUGCUGCGGCUGCUGCUGCCGCGGGGCGGCGGCCGCAGACGCGCAGUCACUUCCCGCCUGUGGGCCGGGGCGGCUGGGAGGCGGCGGACGUGAGCGGGCGCCGCGAGGAUGAGGGCCACGGCCCUCCCCGCAUCUCCUCCUCCACGCUGGCCGUCAUAUUGGGCGGCGGCGAGUCCGACCGGCGGCUGUUCCCGCUCACUGAGAAGCGCGCGCUGCCGGCAGUGCCCGUGGGGGGCAGGUACAGGCUGAUCGACGUGCCCAUCUCCAACUGCCUACACGCCUGCAUCAACAAGAUGUUCGUGCUCACGCAAUACAACUCGCAGAGCCUCAACAAAUACAUCAAUCGGGCGUACGGCAAUCGGGAGGGCGUGCCCAACGGCGGCGACGGCUUCGUGGAGGUCCUGGCCACCACGCAGUACCCCGCCGGCGCCCGCUGGAGUGAGGGCAAUGCGGACGCGGUGCGCAUGAUGGCGUGGCUGCUGGACCAGCCGCGACUGAGGAGGAUUGAGGACGUGCUGAUCCUGCCAGCCGACCAGCUCUACCACACAGACCUGGAGGCGCUCAUGGAGUGGCACCGCGGCAACGAGGCCUGCCUGACGGUGGUGGCGCACGGCGUGGAGGGCGGCGACACCGAGCACGUGGGCCUACUCAAGGUCCGGCCCUCCACCCGCGAGCUGCUGGACUAUGUGGAGAAGCCGCGGACGGCCCGCGAGCGCGAGCCCUUUCGUGUGCCUGCCGAGCACGUGGGUAAGCUCACCAACGGCCGCCCCUUCCUGGCCUCAUGCGGCAUCUACGUGUUCGACAAACACGCUCUGCUGGACGUGUUGUCGGCACACCCCCGCGCCCACGACUUCGGCCGCGGCGUCAUCCCACACGCCUUUGAUAUGGCAGCGCGCAGCCUCAAGAGGAGGCACCAGCAGGCGCGGCAGCGGCAGGAGCGGCAGGAGCGGGCGGCGGCGGCGGGUGUGCAGCUGCGGCCGGGGUACGAGUACGUGCACCCCUACAAGGUGCUGACGUGGACAAUGGCCGGGCGCUACUGGGCUGACGUGGGCAACUCCAUUCGCACCUACAAGGAGGCCACGCAGCACGUGCUACUGGGCCGUGGGCCGGGUGACGCCGAGACGCCCUUCGACACAGCCUACCACCACGAGCUCAUCAUCACGGGCUCUGCUCUGCUGCCGCCCGCGCAGCUGUCUCCCGGGUGCCGCCUGGUGCGGUCGGCUCUGUCCCCUGGGUGCCGCGUGGGCCCAGGGGCGGUGGUGGAGAACAGCGUACUGGGGCCGAGGGCGGUGGUGGGCGCGGGUGCGGUGGUGCGUAACAGUGUGGUCAUGGGGGCGGACUACUACGACGAGGACCUGCGGAAGGGGGCUCUGCGCCGCCGCUACGGCUCCGGCGCCGCCGCCGGCGCCGGCACUGGCGGCACCGGCAGCAGCCAUGACAGCAUGGAGGGCCCCUCGCUGCCGCCCGCCCCCACACCCACACCCACCACCACCACCUCCUCCGGUGGCGGCGGCGGCAGUAGCAGUAGCAGCAGUGGCGGUGGUAGCAGUGGCGGCGGCAGUAGCAGUAGUGCCCAUGGCCGGGGUUCUGCGGGUGCGGUGCUGCUGACGGCCGCCCAGCGGGCUGCGGGCGUGUACUCCAUGGACCCGGCGGAGAUGGAGCGCCGCGGCGGCGGCGGCGGCGGCGGCGGCGGCAGCGAGACGGAGACAGACGACCCCUCUGUGCCGCCGCUGGGCAUCGGUGCGGGUGCGGUGGUGGAGGGCGCGCUGGUGGACAAGAACGCGCGCAUCGGCACAGGCUGCGUGGUGGCCAACAGGGCGGGCGUGUGGGAGGCCAUGGACCGUGUGGGUGUGGGGCUGUGUGUGCGCGAGGGAGUGCCCAUCGUCACCAAGAGCGCCGUGCUGUACGAGGGGACCGAGAUCUGAGGAGAGGAUCGAGAUCUGAGGAGGGGGCCGAGAUCUGCGGAGGGGGCGGCUCUAGGGGUGGGACUCUGAGAGGCGGGGAGACGGAGGAGGGCGGAUCGGGGGCGGGGGGCGCGACCAAGGCAGGGUGGCUGCGUGGAGUAGGACCGCCGCGCGCAAUGCCACCAGCCAGCGCCAUACGCUCCCGCCCGGGCGCGGAAGGGACGACUGGCGGUGCUGGGCAUCAAUGUAUGUUGGUGUCUGCGGGAAACGGGCUUUUUUGGCGUCGUGUGGCGCGGUCGGUUUGGGGUGCGUGCUCCCGGGAUUUGGAUCUCGCAUGCACGUUUUUCUUAGCCACGCACGCAGGACGGGGUUGUGCGUGUGUGCGUGCGGGAGGUGCGGCGUAGGUAGGUAGAGGCGGUGCGUGGGCCGCUGGAUGCGUGCGUGCGUGUUGGAUUGAAGGCGGCAGGGCCCGCAGGGUGUUGCUGGCGAGGCAGUGGUGGAACCCCUGCUGCGAGGCAGUGCUGUGCGGGCGUGUGCCUGUGGUUGCAAGGCAUGGCUCGGCUCUACAACGUCAUGUUCGCUUGUACGUGUUGCGUUUUUUUCAAGGCCGGUGCGUGCGGGGCAGGUCGAGGUGCGGUGGAGCCGGCCACUUUGGGUGCGGACGACUUGGGUUGGGCCCGCCGGGUGGGGCGGGGUACCGGUACGGACAGGUGCGUGUUCGUGUGCGUGCUUGCGGGUAGUUAGUUAGUUAGUUAGUCGGUCGGCCGGCUGGCUGGCUGGCUGGCUGGCUGGCUGGCUGGCUGGCUGGGGUCCGUUCUGACAUAUGCAUCGGGGGUGGAGGUUAACGGCGGUGUCGCAACAAACAUGAGGCGGCGGCUGUGAGUCUGAGUGUCCAUGGCUGAUGGAUGGAUGCAUGGGUGCGAAUGAUUACUUGCCGGGAGCGGCAGCAGCCUCAGCUGCAGCUAGCUAUCUAGCAUGUCUGUGAGGUGCGUGCGGUUGAUGCGCGUGCGUGCGUGUAACACAAUUGUGCA